CCGCGCCUUCACUCGCCACCACCAUCCUCUUCCUACCUCACCACCUACUCCCUCAUCCGCGGUCCGGCUGCCUGUGAGCUGCCCUCUUGCACCGAUCCAAAGAAGGCACAGGACAGGAUGCAGUCCAAGCACCGGAUCUUCGCGGAGGACCUGCUCCUCGCGGCGGAGGGCGAGGACCACUUCGACCGGGUGCCGGACUCCCUGGUGCUCCUCAUCUUCAACAAGCUCGCCGACGCGCGCUCCCUCGGGCGCUGCUCCGCGGUGUCGCGCCGCUUCAACGCGCUCGUCCCGCUCGUCGACGACGCCUGCCUCCGCAUCGACCGCGUCAUCCCCGCCGACGCCGCCGACGGCGGCGACGCGCUGGGCGGCCUCGCGGGCGGGCCGCGCCCGCGCGCCGUGCUGUCGCACCUACUCAAGGCCAUGCUGCAGGCCGUGCUCAAGCCCUUCGCGCACUGCGACGCCAAGUCCGCGGCGCACAAGCACGCGCUGCUGCAGCAGGGGCAGCAGCAGCACCACUCGCCGGCGCAGGUGCUCAAGAACUUCAGCAGCAUCCGCAACCUCCGCAUGGAGCUCCCCGUGUCCGACGUCGGCACCGACGACGGCGUCGUCCUCAAGUGGAAGGCCGUGUUCGGCAGCACGCUGCAGAGCUGCGUCAUCCUCGGCGGCACCAAGGUGGAACGGGCUGCCAGUGGCAGUGCCAACGCCUCCGCCGCUCCUCCCCCAGCUCCCCACGCCGACGCUGGCGACGCCGCGGCCGCGGGCGGCCCUGACGACAGCGGCAGCAUCCCGGAGUCCUUCUACACCAACGGCGGGCUGAAGCUGCGCGUGGUGUGGACCAUCAGCUCCCUCAUCGCCGCGGCCACCAGGCACUACCUCCUCCGCGAGAUCGUCAAGGAGCACCCCACCCUGGAGCAGGUGGCGCUCACGGACGCCAACGGGCAGGGCACGCUCAGCAUGGGGCGCGACCAGCUCAGGGAGUUCAGGGACAAGCCGCUCGCCGCGGCCGCCGCCGCCAACCGCACGCAGGUGCCCGCCUGCAACAUGAAGCUCCGCUACGCGCCGCUGCUCGAGCUCUCUGACGGCACCAGGAUCCACGGCGCCACGCUCGUGGUCAUCAAGCCCGUCGGCGACGCCGCGGGCGUCGGCGGCAGGAAGGAGCUCGACGAGUUCGUCGCCGGCGCCUUCGACGGGCCCUUCAGGGAGGCCGUGGCCGCGCUCAGCAAGCGCCGCACCUACCUGCUCGAGAUGAAUGGCUUCUAGUCUGCGCCACCUCCCUCGUCCCUCCUGCGCACGCGCGUCGUCUGCAGCAGCAAGACCUGCCCCCACCACCUCCAUGGCAUGAUGGCAAUGGCCAUUGGCAACAGCGGCAACUAGAUUGCUCAGCUCGGUCCUGAAUCUGAUCGGGGGAAGGAAUACUGAGGUGUUCCUUCCUCCUCGCAUCGCAUCCCAUGUCGCAAUAUCCAACGCUGAUGCCUCCUCGUCCUCGCAUUUCGUUACUGCCUUGGUAUCCUUGUGAAAAUAGUAGUAGUAUAUCGAAUGGAGUGUGCGGCGCCAGCUUCUGAGCUUCAUUACAUUUUGGUGCUAUCAUGAACGGAAUGAAGCAGUCACAUUUUCAAUCAAAAUCAAAUGUUGUCUGUAAAGGUUCUGAGAUGAAAUCACAGUUUCAAUCAUGAAUGGGAUGAAGCAAUCACAUUUUCAAUCA